UUUUGAUAAACAUGACUUUGAGCGGACCCCUCGCAAGAAGAAGUAGAGAGAGAAGGAUAGAGAGGAGAGGGUUAUCGUAUCGCAAAAAUCAAAUACACAUGCCAAAGCCCUAGAUUUCUUUCUCCGAUUUUCUCGAACAAGGGAAUUAUCCCAAUUGAAUUUCCUCUGCGCCGAGCGACGGCGAUAGAGAGAGAGAGAGAGAGAGAGAGUAGGGCAAGAAUAUCUCCUAGAUCAGAUUCCUUGUUAGUUACAAACAUGUUUGGUGGGUGAUGGCACAAAUGGAAAGAAUGUCCGCUUCUUCCUCAUUCGAGACAGCUCAACGUUUAUACGACAAGAAUGUCGAGUUGGAGAACAGGCGCCGUAGAUCAGUACAGGCAAAAGUCCCAUCUGAUCCCAAUGCUUGGCAACAGAUGCGCGAGAAUAAUGAAGCUAUAAUUUUGGAAAAUCAUUCAUUUUCUGAACAGCAUAACAUUGAACAUGCUUUGUGGCAGUUACAUUACCGUCGUAUUGAGGAAUUCAGAGCCCAUUUCAAUUCCGCUCUAGCAUCCAAUGCUUCUACCACUUCCCAGGCUGUGAAGGUCCCACCACGACCUGAUCGUGCAACCAAAAUCCGCAUGCAGUUUAAAACAUUCCUUUCAGAGGCUACAGGGUUUUAUCAUGAUUUGAUGCUUAAAAUUCGAGCAAAAUAUGGUCUUCCACUUGGUGCACUCUCUGAUUAUUCAGAGAAUCAAAUGGCCAUUGAUAAAGACAGGAAGAGAUCUACUGAAAUGAAGAAAGGCAUCAUUUCAUGUCACCGUUGUUUGAUAUAUUUGGGUGAUCUUGCACGUUAUAAAGGUCUAUAUGGAGAGGGUGAUCCGAAAGCUCGAGAUUAUGCAGCUGCGUCCAGCUAUUACUUACAAGCGUCUUCUCUCUGGCCAUCAAGUGGAAAUCCCCACCACCAGCUUGCCAUAUUGUCUACAUAUUCUGGAGAUGAGUUGGGUGCUGUUUAUCGCUAUUUCCGGAGUCUAUCAGUUGAUUUUCCCUGUUCAACUGCAAGGGAGAAUCUAGUUAUUGCAUUUGAGAAGAAUCGUCGGAAUCAUUCUCAGCUGUUUGUGAAUUCCAAGACUACUACCAAUGGAUCUCCUGUUCGAAGUACUAAUAAAGGAAAAGUGAAUAUGGAACUGAACCCCAAUGCUAAGACUGAUACCAAUGUUUCUAAGGCCCGUGAAAUAUGUAUAACCUUCACUACUCGUUUUGUCCGUCUUAACGGUAUCCUGUUUACGCGAACGAGUUUGGAGACAUUCCCUGAUGUUUUAUCUGAAGUCAUCAAUGAUCUGAACAAGCUUCUUUCCACCGGUGUAAAAGAGGAGCUGAAUUUUGGCGCAGAUGCUUCUGAUAACGAAAACUUUAUUAUUCGUCUCGUUUCCGUUCUUAUAUCGACUGUACAUAAUGUUACUCGGGACAGUGAAGGGCAGACUUAUGCAGAUAUUUUACAAAGGACUGUUUUGCUUCAAAAUGCGUUUACUGCAGUUUAUGAUUUGUUGGGGCAUCUGUUGAACAGAUGCACACAAUUGCUCGAUCCUUCUUCAAGUUAUCUUCUACCUGGCAUCCUAGUUUUUGUUGAAUGGUUGGCUUCUUGUCCCGAUGUUGCAUCAGGCAGUAACAUGGAUGAUAAGCAAGUGACUGCAAGAUCAGUCUUCUGGAAUCACUGUGUGGCCUUUUUAAAUAAGCUAUUGUCUGCAGGUAUGGUUGAUAUGGAUUAUGAGGACGGGAAUUGUUUUUCCAAAAUGAGUAAAUAUAAGGAAGGGGAAAAUGAGAGUUAUCUUCCUUUGUGGGAGGACUUUGAGUUGAGAGGUUUUUUACCUCUUCAACCUGCACAAGCUAUUCUCGAUUUUUCCAGAAAUCAACAUGCUGUUGGAGGUGAUAGCAGCAAAGUGAAAAUAAUUCGCAUCAAAAGGAUCUUAGCAGCAGGGAAGGCGCUGUCCAAUGUAGUUAUAGUUGACCAUAAGAAAUUUACUUUUGAUUUGCAAGUGAAGAAAUUCACAAUUGGUACGAAUCCCCAAACUUCUCAAGCUCUCAUGCCUAGUUCAAGUUUGGUCAGUCCUACUGUGGCUACAUCCACUGAAGGUGUACGACCUGCUGCUGCACAACAUAUUGAUAGUGAGGAUGAAGAUGAGGUUAUUGUUUUCAAGCCGGUUAUAAAUGAAAAUAGAAGUGAUAUUGCUUCUUCUAAAAUAAUAUCCCCUCAAACUGGUGUGGACAGUGGAGAAAGUUCUUUCCAUGGUCUGGUAUUGACUUCUGAUGAAAUUAGGCCAAAUCCUCAAGCUGGAUAUAUUUCCCGUUUGCAGACCCCUGCUUCUGCACCAAUCAUGCCAAAUUUUCAACCGACAACAUCAUCAACAUCCUCUAUAUGGUCAAUGAAUCAGCCAGCAUCCACUAUUGUCAAUGAGCUGGAGGUUGCAAACUCAUUGGAGAUGAAUCUCAUGAUGAAUCCCGCUAUACAAGAGACUAUGAGCCAUUCUCACCCUUCUAUCAUCCCAACUACGAACAUUCAUCAAUCUACGAAUAUUCAUCAAUCUACCAAUGGCAGUGUGAGCAACGUACAAUAUAACUGGGGUUCUGUCCCAUUUUCUGGUGUUAAUUCAGAAAAUAAUAUAACUGUUAGUUCGAGAAGAAGUCCAGUAAAGCGGCCUGUUCGACACCACGGUCCUCCACCUGGUUUUGGUUCUGUUCCACCAAAAUUUGCAAAUGAUAAUAAUAAUUCUGGUAAUCCACUGAUGGAUGAUUAUAGGUGGUUGGAUGGGUAUCAGCCUCCAUCAUCAGUGGGAACCUCGGGUCUUAAUCAAUCUAUUAACUAUCCAUCGUAUCCGAAUGCCCAGUACAACAACACGGGCUCAGUGACGAUGACCCCGAGUUUCAAGCAGAAUCCUGUGGAGGAGAAGCAGCAGAAUGGUUGGGACGAUUUACUGGCCUUUGAUCGUCUAAAAUUGCAGGAACAACUGCAGCAGUCACAGCAACUUAUGAAUGGAGGUCAACAGUUCUAUCCCCUCCAUUCAAUGUGGACAGGGCAUUAUCCUGUGUGAAACAUUCAAUGAAAUUAAGAGGUCGAUGAGAAUGAUGGCAGUUGGAUGUAACAUUCUGCUGCCUGCCUACUCCAAACUUGCUGGCUGUUGCAAUCAAUUAGUUUUCUUGGAGCAUGAUGAUGUUAGUUAUUGCAGACUUUUCCUAGUCAAUGAAGGUUUGUUGAUGAUGGGAAAAGUUUGAGAGACUUUCUUUUGUGGUGCUGUUCAUUGUUAUGGUCUAUAUUUUGAUGUUGGUUUUGGAUAAUCUUCAUCACAUAAAAGACCAUAAUAGGCUGUGAGACAAAUCUUGUCAUGCAAAUAUUAUUGGAGUUGUCAUCAAUGGUGUGGAGGAUCUGGAUAUGUCAUGUUGUGUUGCUUGCUUGAUCAUUAUUUCCGGCAGCAUUUAUGUUCUGUGGCGACUUGUGUAACUGGAAUAAGUUGCUGAGCAAGAUUUGAAUUUGGAACAAAUGGUUUGUCACAAUAAAGUGGUGGUUUUAUGUCUGUUUGUUUUUGUGUUUUGCUUGUCAUUAAUGGUUCGUUACGCUAAGAUUGUUGAAGAACUAUUGGUCUUUUUAUGUUUGAGUUUGUUUCAGUUUCAAUAAUGACAGUCUACUUAUGUAGAUUGGUAUCUUCCUGUUUUCUUGUUUGGAUUAAUCAACUUACAAAUCUAUAUGCAAUAUGAAUAUUCAGUUUGCUU